AGGACGUGGAGGACGAAUGAAGGAGCCGCUCAGAAAUGACUUUACCUGACACAUGAGGAGUGAAAGGACGAUGUGAAGAGCGGGCUCCUCUGGAAACAUCUGGAUCUCGUGCGCACUGGAGAAUUUUUUUUGUCACUGGAUUUGAUUGGAAUAUUUCUCCUUAGUAUCAGUGAGAGCUGCUCUCGUGUAGAUAAACCAGAGGAUACAUGCUUUUAAUAUCCCAGUUUCCUUAUUUCCAACAAAGAAAAAUGGGAUUGCUCGUCUCCUCCAUGAGGCAGCCGAGCCCCGACAUCUGAAACAGCUGGAUCCUGUGGAUUUACCUUUUUUUUUCUUCCUCCUCCAAGAAAAAAAAAACCUUCGGAGGAGCCUUCAUCCAAAAUGAGCGUCGAUUUAAUCGAAUCAGCUUCAUGAGUGGAGUCUGAACAAACGCACAUUUCUCCCAGGGAGCGCACAUUGUGCUGUUUCCUCCUUUUUAUCCCGAAAUAAACGGCGCCAGUUUUUCUGGAGAGAAAAAUAUGGAAAGCGAGGUUUUCACCCCUUUGCUGGAGCAGUUCAUGCUCACGCCUCUGGUCUGCUGGGUGAAGACAGUGGGCCAGCCCUCAGUGACCGAUGGCACCAAAUUAUCGGAAUAUAUUGAAUUAGUGGACGGGAUUUACCUGAACGAGAUCAUGCUGGAGAUAAAUCCUAAGGCCACGGUGCAGAGGACCAACAAGAAAGUGAACAAUGACCCCACACUGCGCAUCCAGAACCUUUCUAUUCUCAUCAGGCAGAUUAAAGCCUAUUAUCAGGAGAGUCUCCAGCAGCUCGUCAUGAUGCCUUUACCGAACGUGCUGGUUCUGGGCCGGAACCCUCUGUCUGAACAAGGGCUGGAGGAGAUGAAGAAACUCUUGCUGCUGCUGCUCGGCUGUGCUGUUCAGUGUGAGAAGAAGGAGGAGUACAUUGAGCGAAUCCAGACUCUGGACUUUCACAGCAAAGCUGCCAUUGCGUCCCACAUCCAAGAGGUGACUCAUAACCAGGAGAACGUGGUGGACCUGCAGUGGUUGGAAAGUGGGGAAAUGCCUCCUGAGGAUUUAGACAGUUUGUCCAGAAACCUGGCUUUCCACCUCAAACACCUGGUGGACGAAAGGGACACACAGCUGGAGACCAUAGUGGAGUUGACCCAGGAGAGAGACUGUGUGCAGUUGUCUCCGCUGGCUCCCUAUCCAACCCAGUCUCCUGGCGACUCCCCCAGCAUGAGAAGGACCGAGAGCCGCCAGCAUCUCUCCGUGGAGCUGGCCGAUGCCAAGGCCAAGAUCAGACGCCUUCGACAGGAGCUAGAGGAGAAGAGUGAGCAGCUUCUGGACACCAGACAGGAGCUGGAGAACGUGGAGGUGGAGUUCAAGAGGCUUCAGCAAGAGAGCUACCAGCUGCUGUCUGACGCUCGUUCAGCUCGGGCCUACCGCGACGAGCUGGACGCGAUCAGAGAGAAAGCGAUCCGUGUGGACAAGCUGGAGAGCGAGCUGGGCCGAUACAAGGAGAGACUUCGCGAUAUCGAGUUUUACAAAGCCAGAGUCGAGGAGCUGAAGGAGGACAACCAGGUGCUGCUGGAGACUAAGACCAUGCUGGAGGUACAGCUGGAUGCCAGCAGGACGCGCUCUGACAAACUGCACCUCCUGGAGAAAGAGAAUCUGCAGCUCAAGUCCAAGAUCCACGACCUGGAUUUGAAGCGAGACUGUGACCGUAAGCGUAUGGAGGAGCUGUUGGAGUUGAACCUCGUGCUUGAGAUGGCCCAGAAACAGAGCAUGGAUGAGUCACUGCACCUGGGCUGGGAGCUGGAGCAACUCUCCAAAACACCCGAUCUGACUGAAGCCCCCCAGAAGUCUCUGGGUGAAGAGGUGACCUCGAGCCGCCUGUUGAAGCUGGAGAAAGACAACCAGGCGCUGCUGAAGACCGUGGAGCAGCUCCGAGGAGCAGCCGAUCAGGACACUGUGACAAAACUACCGAAGGUCGACCAAGAAAACCAGAAACUGAACCAAAAAUUGGAGCAGCUGCAGACUGAGCUGACAGCAGACAGAGAGUCUCUUCGCAGCGCAGAGGAGCUCAGCACAGACCUGAUGAAAGAGAAGGCUUUGCUGGAGAAGACCCUGGAAACACUCCGAGAGAACUCCGAGAGACAGCUGAAGGGUCUGGAGCAGGAGAACAAGCACCUGAGCCAGACGGUGUCAUCUCUGCGUCAGCGCUGCCAGGUCGGCGCCGAGGCCCGGGUCAAGGAUGUGGAGAAAGAGAACCGCAUUCUCCACGAGUCCAUCUGCGAGACAACUGCCAAACUCAAUAAGAUGGAGUUUGAGAGAAAACAACUACGUAAGGAGCUUGAGGUGAUGAAGGAGAAAGGUGAGAGAGCAGAGGAGCUGGAGAUGCAGAUGCAGAAGUUGGAAAGGGACAACGAGAUCCUGCAGAAGAAAGUCGCCAGUCUCGGAAUCACCUGUGAAAAGGUGUCCUCUCUAGAGAAGGAGAAUACAGAGCUGGAGGCAGAUUGCCGUCGUCUGAAGAAGAAGCUGGACGCUCUGAAGAACAUGGCCUUCCAGCUGGAGGCCCUGGAGAAGGAGAACUCGCAGCUGGAGGAGGAGAACCUGCAAAUCCGGCGCUCAGCUGAGAGCCUCCGGUCAUUGGGGGCCAAGGCGGCUCAGGUGGAAGCAGAGAACAGGGAGCUGGAGAGUGAGAGGAGUCAGCUGAAGCGCAGCCUGGAACUGCUCAAAGCCUCGUCCAAGAAGACGGAGAGAUUAGAGGUGAGUUACCAGGGCCUAGAUACGGAGAACCAGCGGCUGCAGAAGGCGUUAGAGAACAGCAGCAAGAAGAUCCAGCAACUGGAGGUGGAGCUGCAGGAGGUGGAGACUGAAAAUCAAACCCUCCAACGCAACCUGGAGGAGCUGAAGAUCUCCAGCAAACGCCUGGAGCAGCUGGAGCAGGAGAACAAGACUCUGGAGCAGGAGAGCUCGCAGCUGGAGAAAGACAAGAAGCUGCUGGAGAAGGAGAACAAGCGGCUGAGGCAGCAGGCCGAGAUCCGCGACUCCAAGCUGGACGACAGCAACCAGCGGAUCUCCAGCCUGGAGAAAGAGAAUCGCACCAUGGGCAAGGAGAUGAUCUUCUUCAGGGAUUCCUGCACGAGGGUCAAGGACCUGGAGCGAGAGAACAGGGAGCUGGUCAAACAGGGCACCAUCGAAAAGAGGACGCUCGUGGCACUCAGAGAGGUAGGUGGAGCUUUUAGAGGUUCAGAACAGAACUUAGAGUGCUUUUAUUUAAUUUUAUUUAUGUGUUUAAUUCUGUUCUAA